ACGGUGCUGCGGCGCCUCCUGCAGGUGGAGAGGAUAAUCGAUAAGAGGAAGAACAAGAAGAUGAAGUUGGAGUACCUGGUCAGGUGGAGAGGUUAUGGUUCAGAGGAGGACACCUGGGAGCCCGAGAGUCACCUAUCCACUUGUAUGAUCUACGUCCAUGAGUUUAACCGUCAGCAUGCAGAGCGGGAGAAAGACAGCACGUUACUGCGCUCCACGCGAAGCUCACCCAGCCUCCACUAUAUAUCUGCCCACAGACAACCCUUCAGGCCGCCAAUCACUGCCUCAGCUCGAAGUGACAUCAGUGUGGUUUUAACUGGGGACUGUAAACAGGUGAGUCCAGCUCACCUGCCUCCUAUUGGACUGACCAGUCCGACCUCUGUGGGCUCACACCAGCCCCUGCCGGUUGACAGGUUCAGCAGUGGCCUGAUGUCGGCAGCUCCAGCCUGCUCAGCCCGCCGUAGCAUGGAUCUCUCCAAGACUGGCAUCAAGAUCUUGGUUCCGAAGAGUCCAAUGAACAGCCGUCUGGACUCGGAGGAGUCUCCCAGUGAGGCGGCUCACAGUCUUGAGGCUGGACCUCAAGAGGCUCACCAGGUCCCACCUGAGGUCGCUCUUCUGGAGAAACCAACCGGAGUCCAGCUUGGGCCCGGAGAAGAGAGGGCCCGCAUGGGGACCAGACCCCGCAGCCAGAACCCUCUGCCCCCACCCCGAGUCCCCAUCACACCUGCUGCCAUGCGCUCCCUCAGUGGCACAGGUAACGUUGCGUUACUAGAGGCUGUUACUGCCAGCGGGAUGUCAGGUGGGCAGAGUGCUGUUGCUGGGGCAACCAGUGUGGCAGGGAAGCGUCGUCUAGAGGAACGCUCUGCUUUUGACAAACGCCUGAGGUUCAGUGUUCGACAGACAGAGAGUGCUUACCGUUACCGUGACAUUGUGGUGAAGAAACAGGACGGCUUCACCCACAUUCUGCUUUCCACCAAGAGCUCUGAGAACAACACGCUCAACCCUGAGGUGAUGAAGGAGAUCCAGAGCGCCAUGGCAACUGCGGCAUCGGAUGACAGUAAGCUGGUGUUAGUUAGUGCUGUCGGCAGUGUCUUCUGCUGCGGCCUAGAUUUUCUGUAUUUCAUCAGGCGAUUGACGGACGACCGGAAGAAGGAGAGCAUCAAAAUGGCUGAAAUCAUCAGGACUUUUGUCAACACCUUCAUCCAAUUCAGAAAGCCGAUUGUAGCGGCAGUGAACGGGCCAGCGUUGGGCCUUGGUGCCGCCAUCCUGCCACUUUGUGAUGUGGUGUGGGCCAAUGAAAAAGCCUGGUUCCAGACACCGUACACAUCCUAUGGCCAGACGCCUGAUGCCUGCUCAUCGUUCACCUUCCCCCGCAUCAUGGGUCUCGCCUCG